AAAUUCGCGCCAACCAAAAUCCACUCCUCUUUUUCCACUUUCGGCGUAAAAGAAACACAACAAAAAUAUUCUCAUCUCACUUAUCCGCAUAAAUAAACACCAACUCACUCGCACAUCAUCAGAUCUGUGGAAGAUAGACUUGAGUUGAGAGUUUGGCGUGGUCUUUGAGGCUAUGGAGGAGAAGCUGAUAGCGCGGCUGGAGGCGGCGGUGGUCCGGCUGGAGACCUUGUCGCUGUCGUCACGUGGUGGUGUGGGGGUUGGUGACGGUGGUGCUGACGUGGCGGUGGAUCCUUCGAUUGUGGCGUUUGAUGAUAUGAUGGGACAGUAUUUCGGUAGGGUUUCAACUGCUGCUGAUAAAAUCGGAGGUCAGGUUCUUGAUGCCACGAAGAUUCUUGAAGAAGCUUUUACUGUGGAGAAGGAGCUUCUUAUCAAGAUUAAGCAAACUCAGAAACCUGACCUUGCGGGAUUGGCUGAAUUUCUUAAACCAUUGAACGAAGUAAUUAUGAAAGCAAUUAAAAUGACAGAAGGAAGGCGGUCUGAUUUCUUUAACCACUUAAAGACUUCUGCUGAUAGUCUCUCAGCUUUAGUGUGGAUUGCAUAUACAGGAAAAGACUGUGGAAUGAGCAUGCCUAUUGCUCAUGUGGAAGAAAGUUGGCAAAUGGCUGAAUUUUACAACAACAAGAUUCUUGUGGAGUACAAAACUAAAGACCCAAAUCAUGUUGAGUGGGCCAAAGCUAUGAAGGAAUUGUAUUUGCCUGGUUUGAGGGAUUAUGUUAAGAGUCAUUAUCCUUUGGGGCCAGUGUGGAGUGCUACUGGGAAAACAGUGGCUUCUGCUCCAACAAGGGCUCCACUGACUGGCGCUCCCACUCCUCCUCCUCCUCCGCCGGCCUCUCUUUUCAGUUCUGAGUCUUCUCGAGCAUCUUCAUCACAACCCAAAGAAGGGAUGGCUGCUGUUUUUCAAGAAAUUAGUUCAAAGCCUGUAACUACUGGCCUGAGAAAGAUCACUGAUGAUAUGAAGACCAAAAAUCGCAGAGAUAGAACUGGUAUUGUUGCUGCUGGUGAAAAAGAAGUUCGCACUGCUUCACCUUCAUUCUCUAAAGUUGGGCCUCCCAAACUAGAGCUUCAAAUGGGUCGUAAGUGGGUUGUUGAGAAUCAAAUUGGAAGAAAGAACUUAGUUAUUGAUGAUUGUGAUGCAAAGCAAUCUGUGUACAUUUUUGGAUGCAAAGACUCUGUUUUGCAGAUUCAAGGAAAAGUAAACAAUAUUACAGUUGACAAAUGCACCAAGAUGGGAAUUGUAUUUACUGAUGUGGUGGCUGCAUGUGAGAUUGUAAAUUGCAAUGGUGUUGAGGUGCAGUGUCAGGGUUCAGCUCCAACAAUCUCAGUGGACAACACGUCAGGUUGCCAGAUAUAUUUAAGCAAUGAUUCUUUGGGGGCAUCUAUAACAACAGCCAAGUCAAGUGAAAUCAAUGUUAUGAUUCCUGGUGCGAAGCCAGAUGAAGAUUGGGGGGAGCAUGCUUUGCCACAGCAGUUUGUUCAUGUAUACAAGGAUGGCCAGUUUGAAACAACUCCAGUCUCCCACUCCGGAGGCUAAUGGAGACUUUCAGCUGCUGAUAUGGGUUCAACUCUUUUAUUUAAUUUAUUUUCUUGGACAGUUGACAGGGCCUUUGAUUUUUUUCCCUUGAGUUGGUUUCUGUCUAUAUGAUUGGGAGUGGGACAAGAUAAUCAUUUAUUGGCUAUGCGAUUGUUUAUCUUUGGUUUUUAGGAAACCACUGGCAAUUUCGUCCAGAUGUUUUUUGCGUGGUUUGCUUCCAGAAGAGUGUGUCGUUGUUAAGGUUUUUACUACUGAAGAUUGCAUUAAUUUGUGAACUUGUACUUCUCUGUAUUUGCUUUGUUAAAGUUUCUAAAAUACUUUAUACUUCA